AUGGGCGCGGGCGUCGCCUCGCCCGUGGAACUUGAGACAAUGGAAAAACUAGAAAAAGUCAAAAAUCUUUGCUCAAGCAUUAGCACCACAGAAAAUUCACAACUAAAGCAAGUACUUGAUAGUAUUGUGCAGGAACUGAAUGGAUUCAAAAGUUCGAAUAACUAUGCUGUAUUAGCAGCCGAAGCAAUCAGCAGCACCUUACGUUCGCAUUGUGACGAUUUAGCGAAAGCGAAGGUAUUGGCUCAUGAACUCUAUGUUUUUCUAUUGCACAAUGUGUUGAACAAAAUAUUAGCUAAAUGGUCAAAUGAAGAGUCAUUGAACGAAAUCGAAGAAAAUAUAUUUCAGUCGAUCAGUAUCAUAGUAGAUCGUCUAGUGCUGUAUGCAGAUGAACAUGAUGUCCCAUUGUUAGAAUCAUGGCUAACUAAUCAAAUAUUUAUUGAACAUGUUCAAAUUUGUCUCACAAAGACUACAACAGACAGGAAAUUUCUCAGUGAUGCAAGAGUAAUAAAUUUAGGUACAUUGAUAGAAGCACUGGCACGUUUUGCGCGGAAAAUGCAUAGAACUGCUCCAGAAAAUUCUCUUAUUCUCAGUUAUGCUAUCAAUUGUGUUUGCUCCCAGUAUUACAUCGAUACGUUUAAUACUCUCGACAUCACACGAUGGAAACAACCGUUUAUGUUAUCAGUCGAAGGAAUCCUAACUAUUUUGACAUGCACUGUAUCGGAUGAGAAAUGUAUCAGCAUUUACAUUGAGGAUACUAGCAUAUUUGACAGCAUUAAUGCAAUUCUGAAUGAGAAAUGUAUUUAUGAUCAAGUUUCCAUACAAUCCAAUAAUGCACAAAGUCGUUUAAUUGAUGCUGCGACUGAGUUUCUCUACAAAACUGUGCAUGAAAAAACACUUCGCGGGAUUAUGAAAUCGAAAAAUACUAUCGAAACAAUACUAAGGAUACCCGAUGCAAAACGAGCCAAUAUCAAUGCCAAUAUUUAUUUCAUUGUGACAAACCUGAUGAAAGAUAUGAAUGAUGAAGAUAUUCGCCAGCUACGUGAACCAGGCAGAGUGAUAGCAAUUUACAUAUCUUUAUUGAACAAAAUAAUGGCCGAUCCAGAAAAAAGGCAUGGCGGUUUAUCCGUUUACUCUCCUAUGUCAGCUUUAAAAGGUAUGCGUUUGACUUUCUGUUACCAUCUAUUUUUCGAAUUAACCGAAACGUAG